CCAUUGAUUGAUAUCUAAAUAAAAACCCUGAUACAACCAAACCGCGCCGAGCGAAGAAGGCAUGGCAAGACACGAGAGAAGAGUCAAACAUAUGAAAAAGAAUAUCAGUAAGAGUUUUGAAGAAGAACGCCCGAAGCAAAUGGUUGAUGGCUCGACGUAUUCCACAAGGCUGGGUGGGUUCUUCACGCGCUUUUCCAAAUCCUUUUUCUUCGUAUCCUUAGUCCCACCACAUUCUCCUUUUUCUCCUGUACCCACUUCUCCUGUACCCACCCUCAUCUUUCAAUUUCCACACCAAUAACCUCCAAAUUGCAAUCUAUUUACUUCUCUCUCUACCACACUUUCUCUCUCUCUCUCUCUCUCUCUCUCUCUCUAACCAUCCUAAUCCUAAACCUCAUCCCCAUCCCAAUCCCAAUCCCAAUCCCAAUCCCCCCUCUCUUUCUCUCUUACCCAGUUCCCAUCCUUCUCACUCUCAGACCCAAUUCAUCUCUCUCUCUCUCUCUCUCUCUAAAACCAGAGGAACCACGUGCCAUGGCCUUUGCGCAGCUCGGACCUCCUGUCCAGGCCCUUCUGGCCGCCCUCGCGGGCUUCACGGCCGUGACGGUCAUCUUCGGUCUUGCCUUCCUCCUCUGUCACCGCAAUCCCUUCUCCAAGAAAAAGACCAACAAAAACGAUACCCAGCUCAGGACCAUUACACAGGAUCCAGCUGAAAGCUUCCAACCUGUUGCGGCCUCCUUCGACCCCUCCGUCCCCUUAAUAUCGAUGCCCGACCUCGUCACAGCCACCGACAACUUCAGUCCUUCGCGCGUCAUCGGGGACGGAGGGUUCGGUCUGGUUUACCGUGCCCACAUCCCUCCCAACGGCAUCCCGGUGGCCGUGAAGCGCCUCUCGCCACAUGCAUUUCACGGCCUCCGGGAGUUCCACGCCGAGAUGGAGACGCUGUCGCGGGUGAAGCACCCGAACCUUGUGAGGCUGCUCGCAUACUGUGUAUCCGGGCCAGACCGCCUCCUUGUCUACCCCCUGCUGCCCCAGGGAUCGCUCUAUCGAUGCCUCCAUGAUCCUGAUGAUAACGGGGAUAUGCAGCCUCGGGACAAUACACAACCCCACCCCCUGUCAUGGGGGACGAGGGCGAAGAUCAUUAGAGGCGUAGCGAAUGGUCUGGCGUACCUGCACGACGGCCAGCCUCGCAUCAUUCACCGCGACAUAAAAUCCGGCAACAUACUACUCGACUCCGACUUCAACGCGAGCAUAACCGACUUUGGCCUUGCCCGGCGCAUGAACCCUCAGCACACACACGUCUCGACGCAGGUGGCUGGGACGAUGGGUUACAUGCCCCCGGAGUAUUACGGGGGGUUGUCUGUGGCGACGGUGAUGGGAGACGUGUAUAGUUUCGGGGUUUUGACUCUGGAGGUGGUGAGUGGGAGGAGGCCAGACCAGGCAGUGGGGGAUGAAGGAGAGAGGUUAGGGGAGUGGGUGAAGCGGCUUAUGAGACAGAGUAAAGAGAAGGAGGUGGUGGCGCCUGGGGUUGAGGGGUUGGUUGAGGAGGAGGUUAGGGAGUUUUUGAGGGUGGGGUGUAUGUGCAUAGCUGAGACUCCUAAGGAGAGGCCAUCUAUGAAGGAGGUAGUCCACAUGCUUCAACACCCACAAUAGCAUUUCAUGCAUCUUCUCUCUCUCUCUCUCUCUUGCUUGAGGUACAUGAUUCUGCCUCUCUCUUUUAAUUGAGAGUACUAUGCAUCUCUCUCUCUCUCUCUAUUGAGAGGAUUAUACAUCGGCCAGUCCUUCUCACCCCAUCCGUCCUGAGCCUGAUAAACCAUGUCCUGAUUCUCCUCUGUCAAGAAUGUAAUGUACGGUGAUUUAGAUCGGAAGAAAAUUUUCAGUGGGGUAUGAGCAAUUGGGGUUUGAGGUUUUCUUUUGGUGCAUUGUAAAGUUUUGUACAUUAUUGGAUAUAAAUUGUUGUGCUUUCUAUGGAAAGGAAAGACCGGUAGAUUGAAUGAUAUCAUACUCCUGUUUGCUUA